AUGGCUACAUACGCCACGUACCGGCACGUGGAACUUGACCGUGUCGGCUUAGGCAAAAAGAGAACUUCCUCGUCGCUUGCUUCCUCAACUGCAGGAUUUGUUUUUCUUUCCCUUUUAGGAGCCAGACGUUCAUUUGCACAACUCUUUUCCUGCUCCAGGUACACCACGGAGGCGUGCCCCGAGGCAGUGUUGGUAAUGUGCAUUCAGAGCAUCACGGGCGUCAUAUUGCAAGCCUUCAUGGUGGGCGUUGUGUUCGCUAAGCUGACCCGUCCCAAGCAACGCACCAACACCAUUAUAUUUUCCCGCAAUGUAUGUAUCUGCAUGAGAGACGGCCGCUUGUGCCUGCUCUUUCGCGUCGGAGACAUGAGGAAGUCCUUCAUCAUCGGGGCCAACGUGAGAGCUCAGGUUAUCCGGAAACGCACAACUCAAGAAGGAGAAUUGAUUCCAUACCACCAAUAUGAUGUAAAGGUGGGCAGUGACGAUGGCUCUGAAAACCUUUUCUUCAUCUGGCCCAUGACCAUCGUUCACACAGUUGAUGAAAACUCCCCUUUCUACAAUAUGUCUGCUAUGGAUCUCAUGAGUGAGAAAUUUGAAUUAGUUGUAUACCUUGAAGGGACAACAGAAUCUACUGGAACCACAAUGCAGGCACGAUAUUCAUACCAGCCCUCAGACAUACUUUGGGGACAUCGGUUUGAGAAUCUAAUCUUCUUUGAUAAAUCAUCAGAUAACUAUGUAAUAGACUUUAGAGAAUUCAAUAAGACAAGAGAGAUCUCAACACCACUGUGCAGUGCUCAUGAUCUAGAAGACUUCAAGCAGCAGAACAAUGACCCUUUGAUGUGUUGCACUCCAUCAAAUUCUGACCAGAUUGUUUAUCUUGAGCCUGAUAUUUUUGCUUCACAGGAAAGUCAAGCAGAGGAUUGAUGAAAGUACCGUGGAAGUUGAAAAUGCACGGUGGGCCAUACUUGACCCUGUAUACAUGCACUGUCAACAGGGAAUUGGUGUUAUUCAUUUUAUUGAUGCAUUGAUAGCACCAGAACAACUUAAUCACCAAGGCCUAGGCCUACCCAAUUUGACUUGUUCAUUCCAUUCAUUGUAUUUUAAGAAAGAAAAGCUGUUAUUAUUACAGUAUUAUUCUUGUGCACUACACAUGGAGAACUAAACUUUUGUAAAGCUAUCAGUGUGUAAAGAAAUUUGAUUAAACCAACCUACAGUGAACAGUGCAUGUAUCCAGUGCAACUGGAUUAAAGGUAAAAAGGGAUCUUUUAAGGUGUUGAGGCUAUAAGUAAUAUACAAUGGUGUAAAAAUGUUCACUGCCUCCUAAACCUAUCAUAAAAUUGCUUUUAGAUAUUUUAGGUAUUUAGUAUAAAGAGUUGUGUUCUUUUACAUUUCCCUGUCUGUUUUAAAUCCAUAGACAGCUAUUGCAAAAUCACUGUAAGGCUUAUUAUUAUUAGCAUAUGUACGCAUCUGACAAAUCCCAAUAACUUUCUCCUGGAAAUUUAUAAGAAAUAGGGUUAUCAAUUAUAGCAUUGGUAUUUUUUAAAAUUGUACAGUUAUUUUAAAUUUCCAGUGCUAAUGGUAAUUAUAAUUUCUUGUAUGUUACAAAAUAUUGGUAUGAUAUACAGACAAAACUGUCUGUACAAAAUCAUAGAAUUGGAAACUUUUUUUAUGAAUUCAUCUAAUUAACUUUUUUUAGUGCUCAUUAUGGUAUUUGUAGUAAAGAACUUUGUUGCCUUUUUUCAUUAUUCACUUAGUGAGAAGUUUAAAAUUGUUAUAUAAUAUAUAUAUGUAAGUGUAUAUGUGUGUAAAUAUAUAUG